AUGGUGUUUGUUAAAUCUCAAAUUGGCUCGAGCGCCGCCUCCAUAUUCUCGUCUUCAAGUCUGGUUAAACUUAAAGAACUUGAAGCUGAUCUGCUUGAGAAUAAGGCAAAUAAUGAGAAGUUACAACACACCUACAACGAGCUGGUAGAAUAUAAGCUUGUUUUGGAGAAGGUUGGUGAAUUUUUCUCUUCAGCUCAAAACAGUGCUGUAGCUCAGCAGAGGGAGCAUGAUGUCCAAACAACUGUUAAAGGGUCGAUUGACAGCCCAUUAUUACUAGAACAAGAGACAACAGCGUUUUCGGCUAAGCAGGUUAAGCUGGGUUUUAUCAGUGGUCUUGUUCCGAGAGAAAAAUCAAUUUCUUUUGAAAGAAUCUUGUUUCGUGCUACAAGGGGGAAUGUAUUUAUGAAGCAAGCCGUGAUUGAUAAACCUGUGCUCGAUCCAAUAUCAGGAGAGAAGGUUGAUAAAAAUGUAUUUGUUGUAUUUUAUUUUGGGGAGAGAGUUAAAAGUAAAAUUCUGAAAAUAUGUGAUGCUUUUGGAGCAAAUCGCUAUCCUUUCUCAGAUGACUUGGGGAAACAAUUUCAUAUGAUAAGAGAGGUACAUUACUUAUUGCCAAGUUGCGUAUUUGUUAGAGAAAAUUGA